CACGGAAGCUGAGGUAGAGCCGCUUUCCCCAGACGAAAUCUGCAGCAGAAGGUAAUUUACGCCGUCAUCUGUCCUUAUUAUGAAUGGAUCUCAAUCACUGCUCUGGCUUCCAUCAGCUUCCUGACCUCCCAAACAAGUCCAUGUCUCGUCUCCGCUGUCUUCCUCCUCCUCUGUAGACCAUCGAAAGCUCGAUUGUGCCCGCCUUUCCGUCCCUCUUACGUACAGCAGCUGUGAUCAGUGUUCCCCAUACGGCAGUCAACUGCUCGAGAUCUAGAAUCUCCGUUACAUGGACUGCAUCACCUCGAUCGAUCCUUCUUCGCCAUGGGCCCCACUACAUGUUCACUCUCCAGGGUUCUUUAAAUGGCUCCCGAAUCACCUCCACAUUACCGAUGGAUGACCAUCGAUCUUCCCGAGCAGAUUCAGCUCACCCUCCAUCGAUCGAGCAGAUUCAUCACCCCUCGAUUGACAGUGAAUUAUCAUGAGGACCUGCAGCACUGCACGCUUGUGGACUAUGCCGAUGCUGCUGCUGCUGAUCACGAUCCAUCUGUCGAGGUCUGUGGCGUUUGUCAGAGGACAGGAGUUUGCCGUGAUCGAGGACCUGGACUACAACGAAACGCAAAUCACCGGAGACUUCGAUCCGAGGCUUGAUCGAAGCAGCAACAUCCACAUCAACAGCGGCAGCGGCGGCGGCGGCGGCGAUGGCAAUGACAAUGGCAAUGUUGACGGGGUGGUGUCCAUAGAUCCUCCUAUAUUCUACCGCGAGAAGGCGCCGCCACGGCCCGUCGCCGACGACCAUGGUCGAUCUGAGUCCGACGACUUGAUCACAGCACAUGUGACGAGCGACAUGGACACGGCCGCAGGAGGCCCGACCGUGGAGGUGGAUUGCGGCGCAUACGAAGCCGAGAAGCUGAGCAUCAUCUUCAAGCGCGUGAACUUGGCACCGCAUCAAGGAGCGAGCUUUCAAAUCCAACCAUCGGACAAUGAAGCGGCGAAGCCCGUGGAGUCGAGCUCGCUAGAAUGCGCCUUCGUGUGGGGCAGCAAUCUCAUUCACUACGUCUUGUACAAGAAUAAUCGCCACCACAGCGAGGGGCCCUUCUCGAACUGGCUUCUGAAUGAAAAGGGAUUGUACUUCAAGGCCCCUGGCCUUGGCUUUCUUCUGGUGAAAAUGUGGGGCAAGCAGUAGUAUCGUCCAUCGCCCUCCGAGCUCACAUCUACGAUUGAAUCGGUCAGAUUUUAUCGGUCACCAUCUCUGAAGGCAGCUGAGGAUGACGAAAGGAGAUGGCGUACACACCUUCAUUUUACUAGUCAGUUUCGAUUCGGAUCCGAUUGACACACUGAAGUAAAUGGCAGCCUAGCUCCUUCCAAACAUCGUCACCUUCAGCUCAGCUGCCUGUUUCCGUGAGAUCUGAUGGAUGCAGUGGCUUGUGGUUGCUCGGAUCGAUCGAGUGCCAUUAGACAAUCCGAGAUGCAUAUUCAACACAUGAUGAAUGCGAGUGCGAUGAGAAGGCACGUGACUCGCUCGCGGCCUGAUGUACAUUGUACAAUACAAAACAAGACCUUCGACUCUCUGAGAUUAAUAAAUAGUUCUAGGACAGAGGCUCUUCACACCACAGCUCACGAAGGAUUCUGCUUUCUCUUCCUCCGUGUGAAAAUCCCUUGCCUCUGUUGCUCACGCAUUCUUCCCGCCUGAAGGACUCGAUCUCGAUUAGCGAAUGCCUCGAAUCUGUCAGAACUUGAGCCAUUUCGUCACACUCUGUAUUCACUUCGACAGCGCAAGUUUAAGAAAAUACUAGUCCUUCGUUCAAUAUCUUCUCAUUUGUGGGACAGUUUCAAAAAUUCCCAUAAGUGCCUCAUGGUUAACCUGAUAAAAAACUUCAUAUUUCAAUCAUAUAAAGUCUAAAAAUUGCCCUCCUACUGUCCAACAAAGAUCAGAGAAGAGGUCCGAGGAGAACGGGUUUUGUGACCUAAAUAUAUUGUUUACAAAACCCUUUGAACCUCUUGAUGUAUCUUGCAUCUUGCUUGCGUACACUCUCAGAUUAUAUGUAUGGAAAUUGUUAAGAUAUGAAAUCAACCUUUGAGAAUAAGAC